CCAUUUAAUGAUAAUCCUAGAGAAACUAAUCAUGAAGGCUAAAGUUAGCAUUCUUAUUUUCACCAUUUUCCUCUCCUGGGCGGUGGCCAGAUCUCCUCCGAAGCCAGGAUGUCCCGAACUGGGCUGUCCAGGACCUCUGAGAUUCUACAAAGAGUUGGGAUGCCAGCCCGUCAAAACGAAUCCCGAUGACUGCUGUGCGGAAAAAUAUAACUGUGAUCACUUGAAAUCUAGAUCAGGCGAGAAAUGUCACGCUUUUGGCCAGGAAUACAGUCACGGAGAACAAGUCAAGGGGGAAGAUGGAAGUUGUCUGCCAGAAUGUACUUGUUCUAAGAUAGGUGACGAAAAGGCUGUAUGGGCUUGUGCUAGUAUUCUAUCACCAGCGCCAGCUCCUGCAGGUUGCUUCCGUCCGCGAAACGCUUCAAUGUGUUUCGAUGGUCCUGAUACUUGUCCUCCGAACCCAGAUGACAUUGCGAAGUGUCAAGUAGAUGGAACCGUUCUUCACGAUGGUGACUAUUUCGAGCCGGAAUCAGACCCCAACUUGGCCUGUUGGUGUGGUCCUGGUUAUGAAGGGAAGAAUAUAGCGCCAUUCUGUAAAGACAUGCGUGAACAGAAAUGUGGAAUUGAAUUAAACGAUAGCUGGGAAAUGGAAAAUCGUUGUGCUCCAGUAUGGAACAUUGGACAAGACCCUAGAGUUCAUUGUAAUUUCAUAUGGCGAUGUCAGAAAGAUGGCGAUGUGGUCACUCCGAGGGAGGAAACUAUGGGAACCCCCGAAACCAUCACCCCGGAUCCUGAGGGUAUGACGUGUCAGAUCGGAAGUCUCACCCUACGACGUGGAGAUGCCCUGGACCAAAAGUCCACCGAUACCUUAGAUUGUAUCAAAUGUAUAUGUGACAUCCCACCUAUAGCAACUUGUCUCAAAUUGCCCAAGGACACUUGUUACAUUACUAAUGAAGAUCUGGCUGAUUCUGAUGAGAAGACGUCUUAAGCGUGAAAAAAAUGUACACUAGUACAAUUUUGGUGCAAUAAAAAUUCUUUUGAGUAGUUGGCAAA